AUGACGACGAAUUUUUUUUAUGCCUGUGUAGCCAAGGGUGCUGCUCCACUUGCCGAGUUUAGUACAGUUACAGGCAACCAGCAGAGCAUCGCCAUCAAGAUGCUUGAGAAUGUCGAUCCAAAGAAGCCAUCAACAAUUUUAGAAGAAGGAGAUUACAUCUACCAGGUUCUCGCAGACCCUGACAGAAUGAACUUCCUUUGCCUUGCCAAAAAGACAGCAACAUUCCAGCUCCGCCAGACUUUCUUAGAAGAAUUACAGAGAAAAUGGCGUGUCAAGUAUAAGAACCAGGGUUCAUCCUUUGAAGCAUACUCUAAGAGCAAGGAGUUCGGUCCCGAUAUUCAAUCACUCUUUACCCAAUACAACUCUGAACGUGCGGCCAAAAUCGCUGCAAUUAAGAGUAACAUCGCUGCUACUCAGGAGAAAAUGGCUGAAAACCUUACACAGGCUCUCAUCCGUGGUGAGAAGCUCGACGUCAUGGAAGAAAAGUCAAACAGUAUUAAGGAACACGCUGAAGUAUUUCAUCGCGCUGCAAACAAGGUCAAGAACCGGAUGUGCUUCGAACAUUACAAGUGGUACAUCAUUGGUGGCAUCAUCGGUGCUGUAUUUCUUGCAGGUGUUAUCAUUGUUAUCGUCAUCAUGACUAAGAAAUAA